CCACAUUGUUGAAAGAUGGCGGAAGUUUUCACAAACUUGAAUAUUUUCUGUGGUUCAAUGCUAAAGCAGUUCCCGAUGAUACCAUAAACAAACCAGUUAUUCUUCAACAACCACUACAUUAAUAUUUUUUUCGAAAUGGAUAUCCAUGGAACAGAACUUGUAUACAAGAAGGUUAUUAACCCUGGCCUGGACAAUAUCAAUCAUGCUAAUAAGCUGGGGAUACGCCUCAAAUCUACAAAUGCUCUACGAUCUCCAAUGCCAAUACAUGCCAAUCGUUCAAACCAAUUACGAGAUAAACUUUCACCUAGGAAAAUAUUACCACAGAAUGCAGAUUCUGCUUCUCAAUCAUAUGUAACAAAUGACUAUAUUAGGGAUGUAAUAGUUCCAAUAAGUCCAGUGCCAAAUACUGAUGAUGGAAAUGUGCAUAGGUCAAUCACCCCAUUAUCAUUCGCGUCUUCAUCCAGGAUGAAGAAGGUCCCAUUGCCUCUAGUUUCAGGGAAGGUACCAACUCCAAACUCAGCUCGCAACUUAAAAACCAUGUCUCUCUGUUCUGAAAGACAAUAUCUGAACUCAGUGCCUUCAGAGAGAAUGUCCUCCCAACACUAUGAUGAGGAUGAUGCUGAAAACUGGAACAAGAGUGACCAAGCUUUACGAUUUAGUGGAGAACAAAAAUUAAAAAAUAGAUCUCUCACUUUAAAAAGGGUUUCUGAGAUCAAACCACACAGGGUUGACAGAAUGUAUUACAUGAGCGGUAACCAGCUCCCUAUAAAAUCUAGAUAUGAUAUUGAUGAACAAGAGUUGUUACGGUUACGUUCAAUGACAUCACGGGGAUCAAGGUCAUAUAGGCCACAUCUGAAGGGAAGAAUUGGCUGGGAGUCUGUAGAAGCUGCAAGCAAACAAAACAGCCAUAAUGACCAGGGUAAUGAAAAUGCUACCAUGGGGACUCACCCAUCAUUUGCCACCUUGACAACAAAACAAGAUAAAGAGCAAGUAGAGUCAGUGUUUAUGACGGAAGGGGCUGCCGGAGAAACACCCCGUGAUCACUUAGGUAGCCAAGAACCAGAUGAUCAGUCCCCAAGAUUAUUACCUAGCAACCAAGAUGAUCUAAAACUUGAAAUACUCAGCACAAAUGAAAAUGACAAUCCUGAUGUAGACAGUGUUGCUGUUGAGUUCAACACCACUAGAGAACAAGCGGAAAAUGAUACUCAGAGGAAACCCCCAGAAAAUGAAACUGUUGAAGAGGAACCACUUGAAGAGGAAACUGAUAGAUGGGACCCUAACGCAGAUGUUAAAGAGGCCAUCCUCCUACAAAGGGAUAUUGCACAAAGUGUUAAAACUGUCGCAGCACCAGCUCCGACUCCUGCUCCAGAUGCUGAUGCCCAUCAGGCCGUUUUCUUGAUCAAUAAAGAUUCACAAAAAUUAACUAAAAAAGACGCCAUGAAGCUUGAUUUUACAAGACAUGAUGGCAAUAAUGAUGACGAAACAAAUGCAGCUGGUGAUAGUGAUGAUAAACUCAAAGGGCAAGGAAAACAAGCUUCCAGUCAUCCAAACAAAGGAGGUAACAAGGGAGGAGGGCCUAAUGAUGAAGAUGGUGAUGGAACCCACAAGUUAGCAGGACUCAUGGAUAUGCUACAACAAGGAAAUGCAACUAUAAACCAAAAUAUGUAUAAAGGUGAUAUCUCAGCUGCUGAACUUGCAAAAAUGAAGGAAGAUAGCAAACUUGGGGAUCUAUUUCGCAAGAAGACAUCACAUUUGGCACCUAAGGUUGACCCAAAACAGGAUUUAAAGAAUAGCCUUAAGGAAAUGGAGGGCUAUUCUUUUGUAUCUGAUCUACAAAGAGAGGCCUUCUUAGCAAAAUUUCGUGAGUUGGACAUGGAUGGUAGCGGCUCAAUUACAUCUGAGGAACUCUCCACAAAACUGUUUGCAAACUCCACCAAAGAGGAUCUUGAUUAUUUUAUGAAGCAUUGUUUAAAAUUGAGUAAAGAGACAUUUGACUUGAACAAAGAUCAGAUGAUAGAUGAGGAAGAAUUCGUCACAUUGCUGGGACUAAAUGAUAAACUCAAUGGUCAUAUGACAACAUCAAAGGAUGAACCCCUGGAGUUAAACCUGCCAAGAUUAUCAUACCACAUUACAGUAUAUAAGGAAAUGUUCCAACUGGCUGACCAAGAGAUGCAUGGCAGGCUGAGCAUUAAGGAUGUUAUGUUGAUUAUGACAUCAGGACUUGGCCAAGCUGUUGGCACAGAUAAAGAACUAGUGGAUAUCAUACAUAACACAAUAGACAAAGAUCAAAGUGGAUACAUAGACUUUGUGGAGUACCUGUCUUUUAUACCAUUCUUUAUAAAGAUCCAUCAGCACAUGAUGGCCCAACCAGUACUCAUAGAGCACAUAGAGAAUGCUCGUAAACUAGUCAGACAAGCUCUUAGGAGAAAACCUAACAAAGACGCUGGCAUUGGAAUGCCACAAAAGAAAGCUACAGCUGAUAUAUGGAACUGAGUGUUUCUGAAAACAUUCUAAGUGAUUGACUUAGAUCCAUAGAUAUCGGCAGCUGUUAAACUUAAAUAUCAGAUUAUGGUUCUUUGAAAAAACCUAACAAGGACACUGACAAUUGAAUGCCACAGAAGAAAAUAACAGCUGAUAUUGGGGACUGUGUUGGAAUAAUAUUAGGAGGGAUAGUCAUUCAUUAAAAAUGAUUCACAUUUCACAUAUUACUCUAACAUGAGAUCAGGACUCAUAAGCCAUGUGCGAUCACCUUUUCUUGCAAAUGACAUAAUGGUCAGAAAAACACUAAAAGAAUACUGUACGAAAAUCACUUCUGUUUCACCUGAAUGUAUUUGAUAAUCGACUUGUGCUUUAAUUCUAGGUACAUGUUAAUUUCUACAUUAUGCUGAAGUGCAUCGCACUAUAAGGUUGUAUACCAAGUGAAUGGAAGGGCAGAUGUCCCUAUUAAAGUUCUUCAUAGUAGAAAUGCAUUUCUGCACAAUCUGUUUUGGUGUAACGAGAUCCUUUAAGCAAGUAAGAUAUGUUUACUGUACAUACAUCAUAACAAAUGCAUUUCAAUUCAAAUAGCAGAAAAUCAUAUGCAUUAGGUCAAGUUAAAGAUGGCAGUAUACAUAUAUGUAUAUGUAGUUGUUGGUCUAUUUAUAUCUGCUCUAAGGAUAUGCAGUUCACUAGUACCAUCUUUUUAUCAAUCAUGUCCCCAUGAAGAAAGCUAAUCAAAUACACUGACUGCUAUUUAUUUGUUGAAUAAAUUGCUUCAAAUAUACCUGAAACAUUAGUUAUUUUUUUAACUUAAAUUAGUGAUAUGAAAGAAAGGUUUUGUGGGUUAAAGGUAAAUCAUAUCUGCUACACCAUUUGGUUUUAAUCAAACCACUACACAUAAAUCUGGUUAUGUGUAAGGGAUUUUAGAUACGUUGAGCUAAA